GGGCCCGCCGGGCCCCGUUAAAGUGGCGGCGGCCGGAGGCGGCGGCGAUGGGCAGCGAGGGGGAGCAGGGGCCGGCGGCGGCCCUCGGCCCGGGGCCGGCCCCGGGCCCGGUCCCGGCCGACACGCGUGCGCUGCGGAGGGACUGCCAGCACCGGAUUUUCGUCAACCGGAGCCUGGCGCUGGAGAAGAUCAAGUGCUUCGGCUUUGACAUGGACUACACCUUGGCAAUGUACAAGUCCCCUGACUACGAGGAGCUUGCCUUCACCCUGCUGCUGGAGCACCUCGUCUCCAUUGGGUACCCCCAUGAGAUCCUCGCCUACAAGUACGACCCCACCUUCCCCACCCGGGGGCUGGUAUUCGAUGCCCUGUACGGGAACCUGCUGAAGGUGGACUCCCACGGGAACCUGCUGGUCUGUGCCCAUGGCUUCCGCUUCCUCAAGGGGGCUGAAAUCCUGCACUAUUACCCCAACAAGUUCAUCCAGCGGGAUGACAUGAAGCGCUUCCACAUCCUCAACACGCUCUUCAACCUCACAGAGGCCCACCUCUAUGCCUGUCUUGUGGACUUCUUCACCAACUGCUCCAGAUAUGUGAACUGCGACACUGGCUACAAGCAUGGGAACCUCUUCAUGUCCUUCCGCAGCAUGUUCCAGGAUGUGCGUGAGGCCAUGGACCAUGUCCACCUCUCGGGCUGCCUGAAGGAGAAGACACUGGAGAACCUGGAGAAAUACGUGGUGAAGGACCCCCGCGUGCCGCUGCUGCUGAGCCGCAUGAAGGAGGUGGGAAAGGUCUUUCUGGCCACCAACAGCGACUACAACUACACCGACGCCAUCAUGUCCUACCUGUUCAACUUCAGUGAUGGCGACAAGGCUGAGACCCCGCAGCGCCCCUGGCGAUCCUAUUUUGACCUCAUUGUGGUGGACACUCGCAAGCCGCUCUUCUUUGCGGAGGGCACCGUCCUGCGCCAAGUCAACACGGACACGGGGAAGCUGCGCAUCGGGACGUACACCGGCCCGCUCCAGCACUGUGCUGUCUAUUCUGGUGGCUCCUCAGACGUGGUGUGUGACCUGCUGGGUGUGAAGGGCAAAGACAUCCUCUACAUGGGGGACCACAUCUUUGGGGACAUCCUCAAGUCCAAGAAGCGUCAGGGCUGGCGCACCUUCCUGGUGGUGCCCGAGCUGGCCCGCGAGCUGCAGGUCUGGACCGAGAAGAGCGAGCUGUUUGAGGAGCUGCGGAGCCUGGACCUCUUCCUGGCAGAGCUGUACCAGCACUUGGAUAGUGGCAGUAGUGAGCGCCCAGACAUCAGCUCCAUCAAGCGUCGGAUCCAGAAAGUCACACACGAGAUGGACAUGUGCUACGGGAAGAUGGGCAGCCUGUUCCGCUGCGGCUCGCGCCAGACACUCUUUGCCAACCAGCUGAUGCGCUAUGCGGACCUGUAUGCCGCCUCCUUCAUCAAUUUCCUCUACUACCCCUUCAGCUACCUCUUCCGGGCACCCCCCGUGCUGAUGGCACACGAGUCAACAGUGGAGCACAGCCGCUUGGAUACUGGAGAAGGUGGCACAGCCCUUGCACCCUGGCUGGCCCAGCAUGGCCAUUCUGGCCAGCAGUCUCAGGUUGCUGGGGUCCCACAGGACUCCAGCGGAGAGGAGGAAGAUGAUGGAGAAGCCUGAGCCUACCCCAGUGCCAACAGCAGCCAAGCUGGCCCCCAGAAGGACAUUCAGUGGCCCCAGGACACUUGUGCCACCAGCUGGCUGACCGAAGCCACCUGUGGUCAGCCACCACCCACAUCACGCCUCUCUCCAUGUAAUGGUGCCCUUCUCCCUGCUGUGCCGGGAGAGGGGCCCCACAGAGCCCACAGGCUGCCCGGUGCCCCCACUUUCACUCAUGGGCCCCCCAGCACCAGCUGCUUCUCCCAGUCAGCUGGCUGCCAGCUGAGGGUGGCCCAGCACUGGGGAGAAACAGCAACACGUGUACCACUGGAAAUCCUCUGCUCCGCUCAGCGGCUGCAGCAGCUCCUGCCCCGGGUGCCGUGGUCCAGCUUUGGGCAGAGGUGGGGGGGUGUUGCUGAAGUGUAGGAGGACUCUGGAGGUGACUGCUGCUCCCUGGGAAUCCUUUUUGCCGGCUGUUGCCCACUUCUGUUUUCUACCCUUUUCUCUUUAUAAAAGACAUUCAAACUUCUGGCA